UUCACUUGAGAUGGAGAGGGAGUGAGAAUUACUGGCGUUUUUUACCUUAAAAAGGGAAAGGAAAACAAUUUCAACUGGAACUGUAUAUAACUGCAGUAGGAUAAGCCGUAGAGAGUGCGCUCUAGAGAAUUGUACUCCCGCAAAACUAAUAGGUGCAAUGCGCCGUAGCGUACAACUCAUUCCAUGAUUCAAAAUUUUGUGAAGCAGAGGAUUAUCGAUUUCACUGCUAAAUUUCAUUAGAUCUGCAGAUUCCACUUAAUUUCUCCAUUCCUUGUGCGAUUUGCUGUUGUUCAAUCCUGUUAUCAUGAGUUACAGAAGGGACCAUAGAGGCUCGAGGUCUGCACUUUUUGAUAACAUGGACGCCCUUGAAGCAGGUGGACUCAAGACCUCUUCAUCAUAUUCAAGUGGCAUGGAUGAUCAUGAAAACGAGAAAACUGUGGAUAGUUUGCACGAUAGAGUCAGCUUCCUGAAACGAUUGACGGGAGACAUACAUGAGGAGGUGGAGACUCACAACCGUAUGCUAGAUAGGAUGGGCAAUGAGAUGGAUGCAUCAAGAGGAAUUAUGUCAGGAACAAUGGAUCGUUUUAAAAUGGUGUUUGAAAAGAAAUCGAAUAAGACAAUCUGCAAACUUGCAGGAUAUUUUGUGAUUUCUUUCUUUGUGCUGUAUUAUGGGAUUAGGAUUCUCCUGUAUUACCUUUAUGGUUAAUGCAGGAUUGCAAUGUCGUACACAAGUUCUGCUGUGUUCAUUUUCGUGAUGAUCUCCAAACGAGGAAUCCAGUGCCAUGCAAUCUCUGUUACAUACUACGAAGUCAUGCCUAAGGAUAGGUAUUUGCAAUUCUGAUCUCGUAGCUCCAUCCAUUAAACUACAUGUUACCAUACAAUUUUAGAACAUAGCUUUUUUGGGUACAUCAGCAUCGUAGAUACGAUGUUAGUCACUGGCUCGAGUAAAUAUAUUCUUUUCACCCUCAUUCCUAUUCUCCAUACUAUAUAUACUGGAGUAAUACACAGUGUUACUAUUUCCUGCAAAACAGCCCAUUAUAUGAUUUUUCUUGGUAA